GAAACGGCUCACGCUUACCAAGACCAAUACAUGUUCGCCAUCACAACCUACACAGCGGGUACACUCGGGCUCUCUCCUACUGCAAAGGACCAAGAAGUGGGACAUAGCCUGUGGGUGGUGCACUGCGCGGACAAGACACCGGAGGAGGAAUGCGUGGUCAGCAGGUACCGCCGUAAGAUGGUUCUCUCACAGCUGGUGCAGUUCCUUGCCGCCCUUCAGCUGCCUAAAUGGCACGAGGUCAGGUUGGCGGCCGGGUCAAGGCAGGUCGUCACUCCCUACGACCACACAGAGAUGCCCUGGAUUAUUCUCCUGCACGACUCCGCCUCCCGCAGUCGUGUCAUGGCAUUCGUGCCCCACUUGGCACAGCUCCUGCAUGGCACUGCUGCUACGCUCACCUUUGACUUGGAACAGGAGGGCGUCGAGGUCCUGGCCGAUCUUGGCCUCUCGACAUCGAACAUCGUUGCCCCUGCCAUGGCCAUCCUGCAGCCGCCGCAUCUCAGGAAACCCUCGGCGACGGUACCUCUGCUGAACGACUACGACGACCCUUUGGAAUGGCUAAACGACCAACUAGACGACCUCCAGAUCCAACCAGUACUUAGCAAGGAGGAACAGGGUUAUGUCCCCGUCGAGUCCUUGGAAUUGCAACAGGACGACGAACUCGUGCAAGAGAUGGUCCCUGAAGAGAGGCUGUUGCACGUGCCAGCUCUCGAAGGCCCCGAGCAUUCAGCGCUGCCCUCGCGCCCUCGACCUCUCGCACGCUCACCGCCCUGGCCUUCACGCUGCACUGGGAUCCCGUGAGCAACAUUCUCCUGCAACACCUGGACAGCAUCAUCCCUCAACUCCACGAGCUGGGAAGCCACGCCUCGCUCUACCGCGUCAACUGCUUCGACUGGCCCAAAGUGUGCGGCGCCAACGGGAUCUCGACGUAUCCGGUGCUGCGCCUCCACCCGAAGGGCGCCAACAACAUCACCUAC